AUGGCAACUUCGACUUCAACUGAAGUGCUCAUCGUACGUGUCUACUCGCAGAUACUGUGCGGGCCACUACUUACGCCUCAAUGUAACAAGGUCGGCGCAGGUCCCGUGGGCCACGUCGCCGCGCUCGCACUCCUGCGGAGCGGUCUCUCCGUGCGCAUCAUCGAGAAAGCGGGCGGGCCGCAACAAGGACAGCGCGGGUCAGGUAAUUGGGUGAGCGGCGCACGUUUGGCUGUACUUCAGCGCAUGCUGACAGCAGCGUGCCCGCGCACGCUUGAGGUGUACCACUUCCUCGGCGCGCCGGAGAUCAACAGGGAGGGCACGCUCAUCCCGCGUAUCCAGACACACGUUAUAGGUAGUUUGGACGUGCUGAGCGAGGCGCCGAUGACGCCGCACUUUGAGCCGACACCGGAUAUCCCUUUCCUCACUCCAAAGAUCAUCGGCCAGAAUAACGUCGCGCGGAUCCUCGCCUCGCAUAUACAGAAGCUGGGGUGCAAUGUUGAAUAUGGUACGGAGCUCGUGUCCUUCGAGCAGGACGGAGACGGUGUAGUCGCGCAUGUCAAGACCUCGGGCGGCGACAAGGAAACGAGUAGCACUAUUAAGGCUCAGUAUCUCAUCGGCACUGACGGCGCCCGGGGUAUCGUUCGCAAGCAACUUGGUCUGACUUUCCUGGGCGAGACCCGCGACACCAUUCGAGUCCUCACCGGUGACAUUCGCUUCAAGUUCUUAAUUCGCAUAUCACAUCUUCGACCGACGUAUGAACGUGCACCCAGUUCGAUGUGCCGGCCUUGGUCUCCGACAAGGAGGCGUUGUUCUCCGUCGUCAGAGAAGCGCUUAAUGACCAGGCUGAGAUCUUGGAGCUCGUCUGGAUCUCCGAGUUCCGGUGAGUGUCGAGUUGUUAGAGAAUCUCAUUGUGGCACUAACCAUCUCGAAAGGCCCAACAUCCGGAUGGUGGAUAAGUUUGGGGAGGGAAGAGUGUUUGUUGCUGGUGGUAAUGUGCAUAGCCCUACUGGUGGACAAGGUCUCAAUUCUGGAGUUCAAGAUGCGUUCAACCUCGCAUGGAAAAUUGCCCUCGUAUCCAAAGGCCUCGCCCCCUCUUCGCUCCUCGACACAUACACGACCGAGCGUCUGCCCGUCAUCGCCAACAUGCUGAACAUCACCACAGGCAUCCUCGACAAGACCUUCGGCCCCAACCGCCAGAGUAUUGAGAGCGCGAUGGAGCGCGGCCGGCUCCUGUACAUGCUCGGUGUGAAUUACCGCACGAGCCCUAUUGUGCUCGAUGAGUUUGCGGCCGCGGCUGGGAUUGCGCCUGUGCCGCCCUAUACACUUGACAGGAGCGAUGAGCUCGUCGCUGGGGAUAGGGCACCUGAUGCGCCUGGGCUUGUCGAGGGGAAUGCGACAGUUACGCUGUUCGACGACGUCUUCGGGCCAACGCAUCAUACCGCGCUGGUGUUCUCGCCCGAUGUCCAGACCGCAGUCGAGCUCGUGAGAUUGCUCGAGGCAUACGCGGCGAUUGCUCGUACAGUGGUGGUUCUUCCGGCAGCCACAAGCGGUGGAGCGUCCAUCGCAUCCGCGAGGGUUCUUGUAGACAAGGAGGGCUACGCCCACAACCACUAUCUCGUCAAGGACGAGCCUCGAGUCGUCAUUGUGCGGCCGGAUGGUGUUGUGGGUGCUAUCGUGGCGGGGUCAUCGGGUGUUCAGAAGUACUUUGGCUUGAUUCAGGGUUAUUAG